AUGGCAGACUACGAAAACGAUUCUGGCCGUUAUGCGGACGAGCCCCGGUACGACCGCGACCGCAGCGCCUCUCCUCGCGAUGAGCCUCGAGCCGACCGCGACCGCGCCCGCAGUCGCUCCCCCAACGGCCGUUCCGAUGACCGUGUUCCUCUGACUCGCAAGCCUCUCGAAGAUGAUGAUGAGGGUGCUCUCAACUCUGGCUCUAACCUCUUUGUUACUGGAAUUCACCCUCGUUUGAGUGAAUCUGAUAUCUCUCGUCUGUUUGAGAAGUACGGUGAUGUUGACAACUGUUCAAUCAUGCUUGACCCCCACACCAAGGAAUCCCGCGGAUUCGGCUUCGUGAACAUGGUCACUGCUGAGCAGGCUGAUGCCGCUAAGGAGGGACUUCAGGGUGAAGUCAUUGAAGGUCGCACCUUGAGCAUUGAGAAGGCUCGUCGCGCCCGUCCCCGUACCCCUACACCUGGCAAAUACUUUGGUCCCCCCAAGCGUGAUGGUCCUGGUCCUCCUGGUGGUGGUGGCCGUGGUGGCCCCCGCCGUGACCGCUAUGACGAUCGCCGUGGCCCCUCCAGCGGUGGCUGGCGCCGUCGUGAUGAUGACUACUCUCGCUACGGUCGUUACGACUCUUACAACGACCGCCGCGACUAUGGCCGCGAUUAUGGCCGUGACUAUGGCCGUCGUGACUACGGUGGUGGUGGCCGUGACUAUGGUCGCCGUGAAUCUCGGGAUGACUACGGCGGAUACCGCGGAGGUGGUGGUGGUGGUGGUGGUGACCGCUACGGUGGUCGCGAUGACCGUUACGGUGGCCGUGACGAUCGCCGCGGUGGUGAUGAGCCCCGUGGUGGAGGUGGUGGAGGUGGUUACUACGACCGUGAUGCCAACCCCCCAGCUUCGAUGCUGCUCCCGCUCCUCGUGAGGCCCGUGACCCCUACUCCGGUGGCGGCGGUGGUGGUGGACGCUCCUACGAAGGCCAGGCACGCAGCACUGGCGGCGGUGGUGGUGGCGGUGGUGGUGAAGACCGGUACGCCGGCAGGUAAAGUGUUUCCCUUUGUUUUCUAA